AUGGCGCCAUCUGCUGCCGCUGCACCCAGCAGCACCGAGGCUGACGGGGCACAGCGCAUGGCCAAGUUCCUCUGCAGCUUCGGAGGCAGCAUCCUGCCCCGCCCGCUCGACGGCCGUCUCCGCUACGUCGGCGGCGACACCAGGAUCGUCAUGCUGCCCCGUGACAUAUCCUACUCCGACCUGGCCGCGCGGAUGCGGGAGCUCUAUGACGAUGCCGAUAUCAUCAAGUACCAGCAGCCCGAUGAGGAUCUUGAUGCUCUGGUCUCGGUUGUAAAUGAUGAUGAUGUGGUCAACAUGAUGGAGGAAUAUGACAAGCUCAUUGCUGCUGGAGAGGGGUUCACUCGGCUCAGGGUCUUCUUAUUCUCCCAGCACCUGGAUGAUGAGGCUGCAUCAGCAGCUGUGCAUUACCAUGGGGACGAGCGGGAGACGGAGAGGAGGUAUGUUGAUGCGCUUAAUAGCCUUGGUGACAUGAGGUCGCCUUCAUCUCCUGUGUCAGUGGAGCAGCUUUUUGGCAUCGGAGGCAACGAGUCAGGAAUUCCUGAUAUUGCUGGCCUGCGGCAUUUGAAUGUUCCUCGUGCCUCACAUAAUCAGCGGUAUGCGGAGAUGGAUUCUCCUUGGAGCCCUGCAUAUAUCUCUCCGGGGCAGUAUGGAGUGCCCGAUCCAAGGGAUUUUCCCAUUUCACCAUCAUCUGCAAGGUUUCAAGUUGGAGCAGAGGACUUUGAUGAGAGGAUUCCUGAUGACUUUGUGAGGCAAUCACCAAAAUAUCGGCAUUACGAGGCUCAGUCACCGCCACAUGUGGAUAACUUGGUCUGGCUUCCACCUGGUGCUGUAAUUCAGCAAAAUGCUGGCUUCCCAGGGAAUUUGGGCCGCUCCAGCAAUUUCUUGGAUGGAAACAGUCUAUAUGACUCCCGUUCGUCAUUCCAGAAGGGUCAAGGUUCAGUGAGUGAUCCUCGUUAUACGGAUCCCCGUUGGAGGCCAGUCCAACAACAUUUUGAUCAAUCGACCAUGGCAAGUGAGUAUUCUGCUCACCCCGCUAUUCCGCGUCCAGAUUAUGGUCGUCCUGGUGAGCAUUAUGUUGUAGGCCAAGAUGUUAGACUGGAAAAUGGUGUUUAUGUCAAAGAGCAAACUGGUGGUCACCCUCCCAUGUUCUACAACGAAUCACAUUCUCAUGAUAGGUCUUGGCAUGGGCAUCCCAACCAAAGCCAUCAACGGUAUGAGGAUCCAAGGUUGAAUCUGCCUGCUAAUGGUAGAGUGAUGGAUCCGUACGCUGAUAGCAACUCAGCUAAUUCUGCAUUUGCACCCAACAAAGUAUAUGAAAUGCAUUCAACAUCUCACAGCCGCUCAAGCCAUGAAAGUCCCCACUAUUAUCAUGGCAGUGGCCAGGGCGAGCAUAUGAAUGAUACAUAUCAUAACCAACAAGUUGUAAGUAGUGGCUCCUAUGUCCAGACAUCAGGUUUUGAAGAAUCGACAGGCCAGCAUUACAGCCAUACUUCAACAUAUGGUGGUGAUACCUUUUACCAAAUGCAGCAGAACUUGCCGCCACUUCAAUCCAUGAGAAGGAGAGCAAGCAGCCCUGUUCACACAGGCUCAUCAUAUGAAUCACCACACCUGCCGAUCCCAAAUGGGAGCAUCAACUCCAACUUUGUCAGAAACACAGGUGAUGUUAGUCCAAGGAUUCAUGGUAUGCCUGCAUAUGAUCGAGUCCCAAACCCAUGGCCUUCACCCAAUGGCAGCAUACCAUAUAGAAUCGUUGGACAUGAUGUUCCCACUGUUGUUGAAAACCCUUCUUCCCUUGGUUCUCGGUCAGGUCCAAACACUGCUCAGUAUGUUCAGCCUUUCUUUGCCCCAGAAUCAGUCCAGCAGCAACCAGGAGCUCCGUUGGUAGAAAUUUUUCCUGAAAGAGCAUCCGCUGGACCCAUGCUAGCACCGCUUGAUGGUAAAGUAUCUGUUGCUGCGGUACCCCUUGCUGAUCAUUUGUCCAGGUUGGACAUUAACACGACAAAGAAAUUUGAAGGAGCAGAUGAUGAAAGGCGCACUCAAAAUGUGACUGAAACAAAACCUUCACACGUUGCGAGUGACCCUAGCACCUUGGUUCACAAUGUUGGAGUUGAUCUCCAAUGGGGCAAACCUACAGAACAUGACGGUGGGGCUGUAGCAUUGCAGCAGUGUGGGGAUAUAUCGGAGAACAGAUUAAAUAUCCUUCCAGAGUUUGUUGCCUCUGUUAAAAAGGCCGCACUGGAAGAGUCUGAGAAGCCAGUAGAGGUUCAGCCAGAUGCUCGUCCAGCAAAUUUACCUGUUUGUGAUAAUGACAAUGAUGGAAAGAAGUUUGUGCAGAAUACUGAUGGAGAUCAGGACCCUGAUGUGCAUGGAAGCUGCGACCAGCACAAAAGUUCUGGGAUCGAAUCUACACCCGCUGAAGCUGAAGCUUUGUCUAAAGGAUUACAGACUAUAAGAAAUGAUGAUCUGGAGGAAAUCAGAGAGCUUGGUUCGGGUACUUAUGGGUCAGUCUUCCAUGGUAAAUGGAGGGGAUGUGAUGUUGCCAUCAAAAGAAUAAAAGCUAGUUGCUUUGACGGAAGGCCAUCCGAGAGAGAGCGCUUGAUAGCGGAUUUCUGGAAAGAAGCUCAGAUCCUGAGCUCGCUUCAUCAUCCAAAUGUAGUUUCAUUUUAUGGUGUUGUUCGUGAUGGUCCUGAUGGAAGCUUAGCAACUGUUACCGAGUUUAUGGUCAAUGGAUCUCUCAAACAAUUCCUGAGGAAGAAAGACAGGACAAUUGAUCGCCGCAAAAGGGUUAUAUUGGCCAUGGAUGCUGCAUUUGGCAUGGAAUAUUUGCAUGGGAAGAAUAUCGUCCAUUUUGAUCUCAAAUGUGAGAACCUACUGGUAAACAUGAGAGAUCCACAACGACCGAUCUGCAAGAUUGGUGAUCUUGGCCUAUCAAAGGUGAAGCAGCAUACUUUGGUGUCUGGUGGUGUUAGAGGAACCUUACCAUGGAUGGCACCCGAGCUUUUGAGUGGGAAAAGUGAUAUGGUGUCAGAGAAGAUUGAUGUCUACUCAUUUGGUAUUGUGAUGUGGGAGCUACUUACCGGGGACGACCCGUAUUCUGAUAUGCGUGCAGCCGAAAUUAUUGGGGGCAUCGUGAACAAUUCUCUUCGUCCUCAGAUCCCUUCCUGGUGCGAUCCUGAAUGGAAAUCAUUGAUGGAAGGUAGCUGGGCUGGUGAACCAGCUCAAAGGCCAUCCUUCACUGAAAUAUCUCAAAGGUUGCGGAAAAUGGCCGCAGCAAUGAAUGUUAAAUAA